UGCGAGCGGAGGACUGGCCCCUCUCCCGGCUGGGAGCUCCGGCGGAGCGGAGGCGCGACGGAGAGCACGAGCACAGGGUGGAGAGUGGGGAGCGGACCGCCAGAGAGGGGCAUUGCGGAGAGCGAGGGCCAGACCGAGCCGCCCCAGAGGACCGAUGCGCCGGGUGGGGCGCUGGCCCCGGAGGGCGUGAGCCGCCCGCAGAUUGAGCAACUUGGGAACGCGCGGGCGGAGCGCGGGCAAGCCGGGCGCCCGGGACAGUCCUGCGGCGGGCGGGUGAACCGACCGCGUCCUCGCCCCUCCCGGGCCUGCCCCCGCCGCAGCUGGCAGCGCGGAGAUGAGGAAACUGAGGUUCAGAGAAGCUAAGUGACUUGCCUAAAGGCAUCUAACCAGUGGAUGGAAGGACGAUGCUUCCCUGGCAUCUGCAAAGCUUCCUGAAGGCUUGCUGUUUCCUUCUGCCCCCGUGUUGGUUUUUGGAGGUGUCCCUGCUGAAGUGACAGAGUUCUCCCAUGUGAAACCCCAAGGUGCCUUUGAGGAAAGUUGUCUGGACCUCCUUAUGGGCAGAUGGAGAAGUGGGCUCCCCACACCCUCUCUGUCCCCAGCUGAGAUUAUGGUGGAUUUGGGAUACGGCCCAGGCCUGGGCCUCCUGCUGCCGACCCAGCCCUGCAGGCAUUAGCGAGGACCCUGCACUGUCCCCCUCCUCAGAGACCACCCCUCCUACCAGGGGCCUGGAGCCGGCCAGUGACUAUGCGGCUUGGGCUGUGUGUGGUGGCCUUGGUUCUGAGCUGGAUGCAUCUCACCGAGGGCAGCCGGGGGAUCAAGGGGAAGAGGCAGAGGCGGAGUGGAAAUUCCAAUCUCCUCACUUCCCGUCUUUGUGGGAGCCUGGGAAAGAUAAAGGUUCUCCUAUGGCCACCUUCUCACCCUUGUUGCACCCUUGCAGUCAGUGUUGAGGGGAGCCAGACCUGUUCCAAAGGCUGCGAGCUCUGCUCUGAGGUCAACGGCUGCCUCAAGUGCUCACCCAAGCUGUUCAUCCUGCUGGAGAGGAACGACAUCCGCCAGGUGGGCGUUUGCUUGCCUUCCUGCCCGCCUGGAUACUUCGAUGCCCGCAACCCUGACAUGAACAAGUGCAUCAAAUGCAAGAUUGAGCACUGCGAGGCCUGCUUCAGCCACAACUUCUGCACCAAGUGUAAGGAGAGCUUGUUCCUGCACAAGGGCCGCUGCCACCCGGCCUGUCCCGAGGGCUCCACAGCUGCCAGUGGCACCAGGGAGUGCAGCAGUCCUGUGCAAUGUGAAAUGAGUGAGUGGUCCCUUUGGGGGCCGUGCUCCAAGAAGAAGAAGCUCUGUGGUUUCCGGAGGGGCUCUGAGGAGAGGACACGGAGGGUGCUGCAUGCUCCCGGGGGAGACCAUGCCAUCUGCUCUGACGUCAAGGAGACCCGGAGGUGCACAGUGCGGAGGACGCCCUGUCCUGAGGGGCAGAAGAGGCGGAAGGGAGGCCAGGGCCGGCGGGAGAGCGCCAACAGGAACCCGAGCAGGAAGGAGAGCAAGGAGGCGGGCGCCGGCUCUCGGAGACGCAAGGGCCAGCAACCGCAGCAGCUAGGGCCGGCGGGGCCCGUCACACCUGCUGGGCCCACCUAGGGACGCUCUUCAGCCUCCACGCUCACGCAGAAAGAAUCCAGCGCUGCUCUGUGUUUUGACAGCUUUACUGAACUGGAGCCCCGGGGCAAAGCGUACACACACUCUCCAUAUACACAUGGGAGCACUGGUGCACACGCAGACCCCAUGCCCAAAUGUGCAGCCACCAUACAGGCACACGUGUGCAUACACAUGAACAGUCAAGGCCACCAGAAGGCACUUCAUCCCUCGGACGUCCCUGUUUGAACAGGGCGGGGAAGCAGAGGGGUCAUCUCUGCCUGGCAGAGGGCCUAGUGGCACACACAUGGUUUGCGAUGCCUCCAAUGGAUGUGCCAGAGAGAACAUCUCCCAGCAUCCAACCCCAAACCUUGCAGAGUGGAGCCUUCUGGAGGAGCUGGUUGGACCAGCCCAGUGUGGCAGACAGGAGCCAAAGCUUGAGGACUGCUCGGCCUUCCCAGCUGUGUGGCUUUAUCCUUGGAGAAGACUGUUAGACACCUCGGAUCCGUAUCAGGGCUGCCCUGCUCUGAAAACUGCUUAAAGGUUUAUUUCAAAUUAAAACCAAAACUAAAUGAGAACAGUAGCCACAGGCACCACAUUCCUUUUCAGGGUUACAGGGAUUGGUGGGGUACAUGGGAGCAGGAAGGGACAGGGCUGAAUUUCAAGAGACACCCUCCCCCCAACCCCAGUGGCCUCCUAGACAGAGGAUCCAGAGAAGGAAGAAAAUUUUAGGGAUAUUUGGAAGCGGGUAACCAGCUUCACCACAUCCUUGUCACUCAAGAGUGUGGUCCAUGAACCAGCAUUGAUAUUUUCACUGGGCAGCGUGUUAAAAAUGAGAAUCUCAGGUCCCAUCCCAGGCCUGAUGGACCACAGUCUACCUUAUAACAAGGUUUCAGGUGACUGGCGUGCACACUCAGGUUUGGGAAGCACUGCUCUAGGUACCUCUAAGGAUGGAACAAGGUCUGGCCAAGUCCAGCCAGAAUUUUGGGCAGCUCUAAAAGAAGACUUUCUGUCUGGGAGAGGUAGCAUCUAGAUAGUAAAGCACUAGAGUGGCACACGUGGAAGGAGGGAGUGAUCAGGCUCUGUGAGAUGGUGGGGGAUAAUGGGACCCAAAUGCAGAACAGUGGAUGGAAUGACCCCUUGUGACAUUCUGAACUGUCCACUGAUAGCCAUUCAUACACCAGGCUCUGGACUAAGUAUUUGGUUUCCAGAGGAGAGCCAGACAUGGGCCUUGCUCUCAUGGAGCUUAGAGCUUAGUAGGGGUGACAAGUGUGAAUCAACUAAUCAUUCAAAAAAAUGUAUAACUACAAAUGGGUGGAGUUGAGGGCAGGCAACCACUGGCAUGUAAACGUAGCUAUGAAAGUGAAUAGAAGUGAAUAAAAAUUAAAGACUUUAUCUCAGGGAAGCUUUCCAGAGGAGGUGAUAUUUAAGCCAAGCUCUGAAGGAUGAGUAGGAGGAGUUAAGACAAAGAGAAGGAAUGGUAUUAUUCUAGACCAGUGCUGUCCGAUAGAAAUAGAAUAUGAGCCACUUAGGUAAUUAAAAUUUUUUCUAGUAGCCAUAUCUAAAGAGAAAAAAGAAACAGGUGAAGUUUUAAUUGUAUCUUUUAUUUAACCAAACAUAUGCCAAAUGUUACCUUCUUUUUGACAUGUAAUCAAUAUAAAAAAUUAUUGAGAGCUUUUACAUUCUUUUUUUUUUUUCAAACCAAGUCUUCAACAUUCUUUGUGUAUUUUUAUACUUUAUGGCAUAUCUUAAUUUGGAUAUGAAGUUUUUACUAGAAAUAUUUGACCUGUAUUGAGAUUUUAUAAAAAUAAGAGUUGAAAGGUAGAUCCACAUACUCAGCUUGUUUCAGGAAUAGUUAACAGUUUGUCAAUCAUUAAAUUGAACAUAUUUUUAAAAUUUAAAUUUAAUUCAUUAAAAUUCAGUAACAUUGACAAUUUGGUUCUUCAAUUGCACGAGCCAUGUUUCAAUGCUCACUAGCCACAUGUGGCUACUGGCUACCAUAUUGGACAGCAUAGUUCUAUACAGAGGGCAUAGCACAUGCAGUGUGGUAGAUGGCACAAUGUCUUGUGGCAGAAAGGCACUUAUUGUUCAAGGAGCUGAAAGAAAGCCAAUAUAGCUGGGAAGGCCUGGAGGGCGAGUGAGGUGAGAUGGUUCCAGAAAGGUCUCCUGGAGUUGGGUCUUUAUUCUCAGAGCCAGGGGAGGGUGCCGAAGAGUUGUAAGCAGCAGGCCAAGAUGACUAGAUUUGCAUUUUGCAGAGACCAUGUUGGCUGCAGUGUAGUUGUCAGACCGGAGGGAAGCUGCUCAGGAGGCUGUUUCUGUUGUCCAGGUGAUCGAUGUUGGAGGUUUGCAUUAGGGCAGUGGCAGUGCACACGGGGAGAGAGUGCCCAAAGUAAAGGUAUUUGGCGAAUAGUGUCGGUGAUGAUCUGGAUAUGGAAGGAAGGAGAAAGGGAGGGGAGGUGUCAAGGACAAAGUCCCUGUUUUGGGCUCUAACACCCAGAUAGAUGAUGGCGCUGUAUUCUGAGAUGGGGAGCCCAUGGGAAGAUCAGUUUGGGAGGACAAGGAGGAGCAUAACUUUGGCUUUGAUCAUGUUGAGUGUGAGGUGCCUCUGAGACACCCUAGCGAAGAUGGCAAGUAGAGCUGGAACAGAAACUGGUUUGGAGAAGAUAAUUGAGGCUGUGGGCUGGGAAGAGGCCAACUAAGAAGAGUACUGAGUGAAGAGAGGUUCAGGACUCAGCUCUGCGGCCUGAGUGUGAAGGUCGGAUGAGGGCGGAUCCGUCAGCAACAAAGUCAGAGAAGGCUCAGGCAAGAGGAAAACCAGGGGAAUGUCAUGUUCCAGAAGCCAGCAAGGCUAUUAAGAGACGGAGCAAAGAAGGACUGGACGUUACUACUGGACUUACAACAUGUGUGGCAAUCAUAACUGUAGCAAGAGCUGUUUGGAGAGGCUGAUGGAGGGAGAAAUCAGUACAAACAAUUCCUUCAGGAGGUUUAGCUGAGAAAAGGAGAGAGAAGUAGGACAGGGGCUGGAAAGAUAUGGGGGAAGAGUCUUUUCUUUUUUUAGGUGGGAAAGAUCUGAGAAUGGUUAAAACCUGCUGGUAAUGGUCCAGUUAAAAGAGGUUGAAUACAUGGGGAGAGAGAAGGUAAAACAGUGGUGGAUGGCUCCUGGGGGCCGGACAGCUCUGCCCGAGCAAGGGGAGGGUGGUGCUGGUGUGGGAAGGCUGGGGCGUCAGGAAGGUGGGGGAACCUCAGGUUUGUGCCCCUGACACUCUGUAGGCCUCAUCCCCCCUGUGCCUGAGAGCCCUGCCCUGCUGGUCAGGAUUUGGGGACCGUGCUGGAGCCUAGGGGGUCAUGGGCUGCCCAUGGGCACUUCUGGCCUGCACCCAGCUCCUCACUGUGCCCCCUCUUCUUGACCCUGGCUCUGCCUUUGCCAUCCCCUCUGGCCCUAGCGGUCAUCUGUCUCUGGUUUUGGCCUCUCCGCCUUUGCCCCUCCCUGUUCCUCUGACUCGGUCCUCUUCUCUGCCCCUCUUUCUGUCGCCCUGUCCUUCCCUGGCCCCACCUCAGCUUCUGAUCUUGUGUGUGUGCCAUAUUGCUUCUCUCUGCUUUACCGUCUCCUCUGGGUAUCACUCCUCAGUCCCCAUAUGUCUUGGCUAUCUCUGGCUCUGAUUUGUCCCAAUCUCCCAGAUCCCUAGGUCCUCCCUACUCAAAGUGUGGCCAUGGGUCAGCAAUCUCAGCUAACUGGGGUUAAAAAUGCAGGCUCUCAGGCUCUUCCCAGACCUGAAGAAUCAGGAUUUGCUUUGUAACAGAUCCACCAGGUGAUUCAUGCGCAUGUUAACUGUUUGAAAAGCACUGCCUUAAGCUGUGCUCUGAAACAACGUCAAAGCAAAAAUCAAUACUCUUAGCAACAUGGAAUGAUUUGGAGCUCCCUGUAUCUCCUGUCACUCUGGUGAUGUUCUGAGGCAUUCAGCUUCCCUGCAUCACCCCCCUGAACUUCCCAAAGCUGCUCCUGAAGCUCUCUGCAGCUAAAGGAGGGAACAUAAUGCAGGCUUCAGGAGCUUUCACAUCUUCAGAAUGACUGAGGGGAGGGAAGAGGGAAUUCUCUUGAUACUGAUCCUCUGGGAGUUCCAGAUGCAGUCCCAGGGCAUCCCUGAAAACAGCCCCAUCUGGAUCUACCCCUGUAUGUCUCCAUCUGUCAUCUGUCCUUUCAAGUCUAAGAAUGUUGUUUAGAGCUGAGGUGGGUGUGGGUUUCAAGAUGAGGGACGGGUACCUGCGCACAGUCCUAAAAGCAGCCCACCUGAGGCCAGAGACCAGAAAGACUGAUCAGAGGUUACACCUAGUGACUUUCAGAAUGAGCCGGUGCUGGAGAGAGGGAGUCACGUCAAGAUUCCUAACCCUGCUCCCAGGUUUAGGUAACAAUAGCACAUGGUUUGUAUGUGGUCAUUAAACGCCCACACUGCCAUUUGGAAAAUGUUAGCUUUUUCCUCUAUGGGGUCGCAGAGCUGCCCAGACUAACACAUUUCCGCCCACCUUACCCAGUGCCAGCUCUGCUGUAUUUCAGACCAAGUCUCCAGAGAAUGGAUUUGUUUUCCAUUUCAGUAUUUUGGGUGAUGGGGUUGCAUUCUCUGCAUUUGUUUUUUAAAUAGUUUUAUUUCCUUCCUCUGGUUUGUUUGGUUUGGUUUGGUUUAGAAGCACUGAGAGGGAAUUUAGGAAAAAGGGUUGGCUUCCUGGGCCCUGAUUCAAGUCCCUGACACAGGGCCAGUAAUCCAGGUGCUGGUUGUUUUGCCCCUGACUCCUCCAGCUAUGGUCCAGACCAGAUUUAAACAGACAACAGGUAGCAACCCUGGUGAAAGGUGGUAAGAAAGGAGAAAAACAAUCCGAGAGAACAGGUUCCAUUUUAAGGAUUAAACUGAUUCCCUACAAAGGGGCCUAGUGAAGUGAGCCAGGGCAGAAGCCUGGUUUAUAGGGGAGGAGAGCAGAGCUGAAGAUCAGGUGCCUCGGGGUUGCUGAGACCGAGCAAAUCAGAGCUGGGUGCACCUGCUCUAGUGUGGUGUGCCUCCUGGCUCUCCCGAGGAAAGAGCUGACCAAGGGUGAAGAAUAAGCAGGCUUGAGCUGGAGGCUUGGUUGAGGUUCGCUUGGCAUCCGAGAGACCCUAGGGGAGCAGCCAUUGAUGAGGAUGGCUACUAGAGGCAGACCUGCUUUUCCUGGCCCCCUAGCCUACCAGGGUGGUGGUGAGGAGGGUGAGAGACCCACCACUAUGGCUAGAGAAGGUGGCUUGGGUCCUACCCUAGAGCCUUCCAGAACUUAAGUAGGAAAUUGCGAAACGGCUACAUUUUGAAAGAGAAAGUAUGUGAAAUAUGGUUCCUCCCUCGCCUGUACGCUCUCCCAGAGCUUGGUGCAGGGAGGUGGGUGAGAUGGAUUCCUGGCUAGACUCAGUCUGGUGUGGAAAAGAAGGCGGAGCCAAACCCCCAAGGGCCCCUCAGGCUAGGCCACAGCAGCUGCUAGCCUUUGGUUAUUGAUUAUUGUUAUUGGGAUGUCCUUUUUUCCAUCUGUUGAGUAUCAGCCUGGCCUAUGCAGAGGACUGGCUCCUUCCCCUGGCUGAAAGGGCUGGCUUCUGAGGGCUCCCUCUGCAACCCAAUAUGUACCAUUGGUGGCUGAUUAGAUAUUUGGAAUGUCUUCAGGUCGAGCCAGGCCUGUCCAUAAAAACGGGAGGCAUUUUGGCAGUUCCAAGGCCCCUGGCACCCAGUCUUGGCAAUGGCCCGGCUGUCUUCUUCAAGGCGCUGGGGUGGGAUCCGCGCCAGCAUGCUUCCCUGGGAAACAUCGAAGUGAGUUAAAGUCAACAAUGAGUUCAUCUCCAAAAGAAUAAGCCGGCAGCCUUCAGGGCAGGGGAAUCAGAGGAGGGGGAGCAGGGAUUCGCGGUGGAGGGGGUUAAGUGAUGCUGGAACAGCCAGACGAGAUCCAAGCCUGUCAACCAAGCUGGCAACUCAAGGAACAAAGGAAAGUGCUUUCCCAGGCCAGCCCUGGAAAGCUCACUUGGAAAUGGUGGUGACAAUGAGUGUGUCACAAUCUCAGGGACCGUGGGAAGUGUCCUCUUGAGGAUUGCGAGCUGGAGCAAGACGCUACGUGGAACGAGGCUGAGGUGGUGGGCUUGGUGGAUGGCUCUGUGAGCUCUGGCUUUGCUGGCCCCAGGCCUGCCUUGUGGGCACAUGAGGGUGGACAUUUGGACAGGUGAGCGCCAGCCUCAUCUUGGAGGAUGGGAGCAGGAGGCCUCAGGUGUCCAGGCCCAGUGAAAAGAAGGCUCAGGAUUGCAGAAUUUAGCAUUUUAAUCUGAACAUCUCUAUUAUUAGAUUUAUCUCUGAGGGCUUUAUGUUUGGAUAAUGGUUCCUGAUUUGAGCCAGUGUCUCACUUCUGUGACCUUUAUCAUUUGGGGCCUGAGGAAACCACAUCCUAAUGGGCAUCUGAUGGCUCUCUGCUCACUUGAUCUGAUGCACUGCAGAGCUGGGGAGCCCAUAGCAGAGGAAAGCCAGAAGUGAGCUGCACUCUGGGACCAGCCUGAAGCCGGAGCUACCUCUCUUUGGGCACCAAGGAGAGUCCCAGCCUGCUGGCCACAUCAAGCAUUAGGCUCCAAGUGGAGGAAAGAGAGCACCAUCUCCCCACUUGGGACAGAAAAGCUCAGUGAUGGUCCAGCAGCAGCCCGUGCCUGCUGAGAGCCAUGUAACCCAUCUGGUUCAGACUCCAGAUGUGCUCCAGGGGCUGGGAGACCAGCAACAACUGCCUGAAUAGAUACGUGGCCUUUCUUCCAAGGGCAGAACCAUUGCCGAUGGACUGGGUUUGAUUUCUCUCAUGCCCUAGAUUCAUUCUCACAAGAUAUUUUAUUGUGCGAGGUAUUUGCCUACCAAGCAUAUUUACAAUUCUUUUCCUGCCACCAAACCAACAAAACGUCCACAGACAUCGUAUCUCCAUUUCUCAUAAGCACAUUCUCAGCACAUUCCCAUGGUUUACCCUUCUCCUACUUCCCUAUUUUCUUUAAAAACCUGCUUGACCUUUUUGGUCCUUCUAUUUCCUCUCCAUGUUGUCUGACUGGCAUUUCUGUUUUUAUGGCCGCCUGCCACCACCACCCUUUAUCUUCCUUUCCUUUUGAAGUGCAGCCACAGGUUCUUUACAGCCUCAGCUUGCCUAGUCCUAUUUCCCCUGUAUAUUUGACUAGUUGCAUUUGUCUUUUGGUAUUACAUGCUAGAUGUUUGUUGAAUGAAUGAAGAAUAGUGAAUGAAUGAAAAGGUCCUGCUGGAAUGGGUUUGUUCUCAUAUAAUUCCUACUGAGCAUGGUAUUGAUAGCGCCUACUCCUUUUUCUCCAGGGAAGCAAAAUAAGGCCAGCAUCAAAGUUCAUUAGGGCACUGGACCAAAAACAGCCUGACCUUGAUCUUUAUGUCAUUUGGCCACACUGGUUGUGACAGCCCAGUUUUCCAGAAUCAUCUCCUGCCUCUCCAAUGCCCCAACCCAUUUACUCUUCUACUCAGAGCUGCUCCAUGGUGCGCAAUGCAAAUGAACUUUCGUAUUGUCAGUGCCUUUGUUCAUGUUCUUCCUUCCCCCUAAAAUGUGCUUUGCCCAUCCUCCCUUCUGUGGACAUUCUACUCAUUUUUUAUACCCAGAUAAAAUUGUUAUGUGAGGAAGCUCCCCUUACUGAUAGUUUCUCCCUACUCUGUGUUUCAGUGGAUGGUCUAUACACCUUUGUCACAUCUACAUGAAUGUCCCCAGCCCAGUGUCGGAUCCAGAGAGCAUUCCCUGUCCUUACCCAAGUCUCGAGAAGUUGUGGGUACAGUUGAGACAUACUUAUAAUAGCAAUGGUAAACAUUUAUAUAGCACUGACACUAAUCUAAGCCCUUUACUUACAUUGCCUCACUGAAUCCUCAGUACAGCCCUGUGAAGGGGAUAUUAUUAUUAUGCCCAUUUUACAGAUGAAGAUACUAAGACACAAACUGGUAAAGGGAUGUGACCAAGGGCACACAGCUAACACAUGGCAGAGCCACGAUGUGAAGUCAGGUGGUUUGGCUAUGCCAUCCCCUAGCUCUGUGAGAACUCACCUUUUGCCUGCCCUCUUCUCCACCUGCGUGCCAUGAUACCCAGCCUGUUCAGAUCUUACUUGUUUAGUGGGAAGAGGAGAGGGAUCCAGGGGAUGGAUCACACAUGCUUACACAGAAUGCCACAGGGUCCUCACGAGCAGCUACCAGGCCCUGCCUCUCCAGUGCCUCACCGGUGCCCACUGCCCAUGAAGCUGCUCAGGACUGUCUCACCCCCACACGGCUGCCAGCGUGUGUGUCAGCGUCGGCCCCGGGACCGCCUCAGACACUGCUCCCGAAGCUGCCCACCCGAGAGCAGCCCCCGAAGAGCCUGGACCAUGUCAGGCCAAGUCUCUCUUCUCUACCUGUGUCAUGUUUUGCCUCAAGGUCACCAAAGCUGGUCUCACAAAGACUGUACAAAGGGACUCUUUGGAUUUCUGCCUGAAGCCCCUUUCUCCUUUGUGCUUAGAAAAGAAAUCCCGGGCCUCAGCCAGAGGACAGACCAGCGCUGCUCCUCCCAGACCCUCUUUUCUCCUGUGCACAGGCUCGCUCUGCCCACUCCACUCACCCAUGAUCUUUAAACCUGUGCAGAGAGCCCCGUUCAGGUCCUCUAAAGCAUCAGCUACACUCUGAUGUGUAGUGGAACCCCUAUGUUUGAAUCUCCAAGGCAGAAAAAAUUAAAUGUCUCUCCAUAUUGGUACCGGCAACAUUCUCAGAGGGCAGUGGCGACAGACAAUCAGCUCAUCAGUUAUGUGCCUGUUCAAUGCACAGAACAUACACCUGAGCCCUAUAGGACUGGUCAUGGCAAGCUGUUACUUCAGGGGACCAGGCAGCUGCUACUCAUCUCUGCCAUCACAGUGUAAAAGCAGUCAUAGACCAUAUGUAAACAACUAGUGUGGUUGUGUUCCAAUAAAACUUUAUUUAUGAAUCCUGA